GAAUUUGAGUUCAGCAAUAAGAGCCUCACUGCCUCAUCAGCAUCAUUGAUCUAUACACAUUUCAUUCCUAGGUAUACGGUAUACACUUGAUUAUUACAUCAUGCCCGCCUACGAACGCGCGCUUCGAUGUUGAAGAGUCGAGAACUCUUCGAUACGUGACCGAGAAGAGAGUCGUGAUUUGAGGUCUUAGAACCAAUUACCGACAUGAUGCAACCACCACGCGCUCUCCUCCGCCGUCUCCUCACCCUCCGUGCCUUGAAAUUUCCAUUUCCUCCCACAUCUCGCCGAUUUACGAGAAAUACGAACCUCGCAUCCCUAGGGCGACCUCAAAUUCCAUUCCUAUCUGUGCCGCUAGCUAGGAACCACCAAUUCCGGUACCUCACCACCGAGCGAAAACGAUGGUUGGCCUAUGAGGUUUAUCUCGGAUUCAAGUAUACCAUAUAUAUCUGGGCCAUUGCUGGAUUCUCUAUCGCCGGCUACUGGUGUAUACAGCAGGAGUGGCUUGAGAGGAAAUACCCGACGCCGCACGAAUGGAACUUCAUAACUCGGUUGCGAUCCAGACUCGCGAAAUGGGCCCCUGACCGAACCGAUUUGCCGGAUAUUGAUUGGGUCCUUACUGGCAACUAUGCUAAAAAUGUAAUCGAAAGGCUAGAAGAUGAGAAGGGCGAAGGAGCCGGCCUUGCGCAGAGCCAAACCGAAGGCGGAGGGUAUGAUAUAACAUCCAAAAGCGAGCCGUGGAGGAGGGGCUAUUACGAGGUCUUGAUGCUGUGUGCCAAGGCGGCCGAGCACCUCGAUGACCAGAUCGUAGAUAAGACGCGGCACUUGGUGUUCCCGGCCAACCAGGUCAUAGGACCAUCGAACCCGAAUCCGAAACCCAUCUCCCCUGGCUCACCAAGUGCCCCUCGCGAAGAGGACUGCGAGCGUGCUUUCGAAGCACCCGAAACUUUCUACAAGAAAAUACUAGCGACCCAAGGUUUCACAUCCAAGCAGAAGUUGGACGCGGCGCUAGAGUACGCCUCGUGGCUAGACUUCAAGGGUCUUCCCGACGCCUCCGAGCUCACAUACGAAUGGGCACUGGCAUUAGCUACGGAAGGCUCACCUCCUCCAUACGACACGAAGUCAUACGUCCUACAGGACCUCUCACGCCACCCCUCCGCCAAUCUCCUCACCACCCUCACCGCUCUCGCCACACACAAGGCGCGCACAGGCGACAUCGCCGCAGCCCUCCCAAUCCUAAUCUCCGUCCUCCGCGCACGUAGAUCCCUCCCGCAUCCGCAGCCCCAAAAGAAACCCACAUACGUCGACCCCGACCAAACACAGUCCUCCUCCCCCUGGACCUUCCACAACAUCACCGGCGCAGCCGCCCGUCUCCUCUCGCCCCCCGCAUACCCGCCGCCCCCGGAUGACGGUACAUCCCCUCCAGUCCGGGACGCGAAGGAGCUAUGCGAAGAAGCCGGCCUGGACCUAUAUAUCGGCGAGAUCAUCUACGCCUCAUCCCCCGGCACUACCAAGGGCUGCGAGGACGGCCUAGCCUGGACGCGCGAAGCCGUCGACCUAGCAGAGGAACAGCUGCACAAACUAAACCAUAGCGGCGACGCCCGCGGCAACGACGACGCCAAGAAGACGUGCAAGGAAUGCCUACUCGCCGGCCUCGAUAACUGGCAGGCCAUGGUGGCGCGGCUCGCGCGCGAGGAGCGCGAGGCGGAAGCUUCGCUGGAGAAGAACGGGGAGCCAGCCAAGACGAAUAGCGGCGGCUGGUUGCCGAGUCUCUGGGGAGACGGCAAGGCUGCGACCGCAGCUGGUGGACGAUGGACUGCGGAGGAGAAUGUAGUCAGGGAGAGGAUGAGGAGGGCGCAGGAUGUGCUGGAGGAAUCGGAAGCGCCUAAGGCCGGGUUUGCGGCUUUUUUCCAGGCGUGAUGUGUGUGAUUUGACAUGCGCGUAUGUAUGUUGUUACAAUAUGUACCUAAGGGAAUAAAAAUAAAUGGUAAGAAGGACUCCUAGGGGCGCUUAUCUAGGCCAACAUUGCAUAUAAUACAUAUCCCAUCCCAUCCCACCUUGCCUGUCAUAUUCAAUAGAUGAGGUUGCCUGGAUUCACGUAGGAUAUAAUAACUAGGCAUAAGAAAUCUAUAUGCAUUUUCAAUGAUGGGAUGAAUAAUUUAGUGUACUGUAUAUAACCAUAGCUUUUAUUGAGAAUUCACUUCAGGC